GCGGACGGGCCCGGGACCAUGGGCAAGAAGCGAGAGGGGCUGAGCGUGGCCCGGGAGAUUGAUGAACUGGAGGAAAAGCUGUCACUUUGCAGACAGAGCAUGGAGGAAGUAGAUCUCAAACUGCGCGGGGAGAAGCUCAGCCAUGAAGGAAGAAAGUCACUGGAGAGAGAGAGAAACCUACUAAUGACCAAAGCUGACAACUAUGAGAAAGAACUGAGUGUGCUUCGUAAAGAAAAUCGCAAGAAUGCUGCCCUUGCUGUGGCCAUGGUGUUGUUGAUUGCUCUUAUUUACACCUGCUGGACAAUGUGAUUGCACUCAAGAAUUCUCCCUGCUGACCAAAUGAUUCUACUGCAAGGAGCUCUUCCUUCUCACCACUGCACCUCUCCGAAGGGUGAGGAUAUCGGCAUUUCAGACUGCUGUUCUUGUUUAUCAUCUCCAAGCCUCACCUUAGGGAAGCUAAAAUUUUCUCUGAGAACUGAGUUGACUGAGAAAACAGGUUGAGCAGAAGUCAAGCUGGAACUCUUACCCAACGUGCAGUCAAAACCGUCAGGCCCGAUGGAGAAAUGCAGUAUGUUCUCCCUUUUGAAGAAGAUGUCUGGUUGCAGACAAGUGCUCUCUGCCCAAGCUAGUCAGAAGACAUGCCACCUCCUUGGUUGUUGUUGUCUCAAGCCUCAGCUGAAGGGACACCAAGCUCAUUAAAUCAGUGUAACCUUGUGUAUUGUGACAUGGACACCACGUGUCCCCAGAACUGAGAUAAACAAAGAUGGUUCUUCCAUUCCAACAUAAGAGGACCAGAACCACCCUACUGCUAUAAAAACAGAUGGGAGGUGGGUAUCUUAUGCAGACACAUAGCAGCCAACUUGAGAUCUUCAGACUUGGGCUUUGAAAAUACCUACAUACCUCUCUUGCGCGUCAGUUUGGUAACCAUUUUGUGCCUCAGCCAACAUUUGCAAAAAAGAUUUUACUGUCAACUCCCAGGGAUGGAAGUGCCUUUGUAGGGCUUUAAAUAAAGUGAUCUGACAUUGUAGCUUUCAGCUUUUCCCUCCCCUUUUUGUUACAGCUCCAGUUUUGCAGCACGCCUCCUCUCAGGCCACUCGUUAGGAUCCUAUCAUCCUGCAGUCUCCUCUCUUUCUGGUGCAGCGACACAGCUGAGGUAGCCCUGAGGGAGCACUUGUCAGGAAAGCCUUUAGAAGGGCACUACCUUCAACAUUUUAAACUCUGCAAGGUGUUUCCUGUUGCCACACUAACACGGGCUGCGAGCCCCAGUUUUGUGGGAAAUAAAGUAAGCAAGAAGUGAGUUGAACUAAAGGGGCUGUAUUGGUAAUAGAGACAACAAAAGCAGAGAAAUCAACACAAAAUGAUACACAGCCUAAUAACAAUACAUUGUGCAAUUCACGUACAUAAACAUUCGCUUCAGCAAGAUGUUCAUCGGUUUCCAUUCCCAACAUAAUCCUUCUGUAUUUACCCCGCACCAAGGAAGCAAGUAGCACGGUGCCUUACGUUUGCCUUCUUGGACUGGGAUUCAGAAUCAAGGUUCAGUGCAUCAAAAACAAAAAUAAAAGCAAAUUAAAACUGGGAGGAACUGGAGGCAACAGGGCAAACAGGAAAUAUCUGCAAAAGCUAGCCUGCAGCUCAUCAGGUUUCUUUUGCACUCUCAGAAGCCUACAAGCUCUACAGUACACUUCCUAGUCACCCUUCUGCCUGCUGGCCCAGAGGAGAGACAGAAACCCUGAGUGGAGGACAUAAUACUUACCAAAGCAGCCUGGCAAAGGGAGCAGCAUGCUUUGCUGGCAUUACAAGGGCCUCAAGGCAGUCUGCGAAAGUGCCAGAACUCAAAUUAUUCACUUACAAAGCUAACUGCUCACAGGCCUGGAAACCACACAGUUAGAGGUGCUUUUUUUUACCCACUGGAAGAGAAUCCCCUUCAUCCCUUGUGGAAGUGCUUUUGCCAGCAAAAAUUGCCAGUUACAGAUCUCUUGUUCUUUGGGUGGGGGGAAGGAAGCCUGCCAUUUCUCAUGUAUGUAUUAGCUAUACUUGGGUGGAUCGUCAUUCACAGGAUGCAGUAACAACAUGCAGUCAAUCAGCUGUUCCAGUAGACCUGUAUCUAGGCAUUAAUGACCACCAACAUGGAAAAAGAUCCUUUUAUCCACUUCCAUCACUUUAGGUUGGAGCUUGAGAGGAAAGAAUAGCUCCCUUGCACAGUAUUCAGGGCAACCUAUCCACAACCCAGCCACCCAUCCACUCCCCAAGUUUUGCUUCCUUUUCAUACAUGAGCAGACCAUGCCAGCUUCCGGGCUGCUCCCCUAGCCAGGAGGUGUGGUUCUGCAGUGAUUAAGCCUGCAUCUAAACUUGUGUGGUGCAAGGACUUGUAUCUGUUUUUUAUACCAAACUGUUAAAAAAAAUAAAGAAAGAAACCAUGGUUUUAUGGAGAUGAUGCAUUUCUAAAGACAUGGAAAUGCUCCAAGCUCAAAGAGCACAGCCACCUUGCAGGAUGACAUUCACUGCAUGCUGAUGCUGAGAACAAAACUUACACAUGAUGCUGGACCUUAGAGGGUAGAUGAAAGCAGGACUUCAACGUGCUCACUUUGUUAUGGCCUCUUUGGGAGUGGUGCAGGGCACCCAUCCUAUCUAUAGAACUGUGAGUGAAAAUUUCCAAGUCUUACUACAUAAAGCUCGUUAAAAUACUACAUACAGAUUUGGGGAGAAAAAUAAGAAUCUAAGGAACUGCUAUAGUUCCAAGGAGACCUAUAGCUUUCUUUAAGGCACAGUUCAGACUACCCCUAAAUCAGUUUCCUCCCUAUUGUCAAUCUGUGUUUAAAAACAAACAAAAAAAAGGCAACUUUGCUGCUUGACUAAAAGCAGUCAACUGUGUGUUAGCUUCUGAUUUAAGUGGAAGACCUGGCAAAAGCCCCACGGAAGCCAGAACCGAAGGUACAUCAUGCAACAGAGGAAUACUUUUGAGCUCAGCACAAAAUAAUGUUGAGAAGUCUGCUGAAACAAGUUUCAUGCUGAGUGUCACAGCACUGUGUCUUCACCUCAGGUGUAGCUCCAGGGCCAGAUGAGACAUGGAGAGUGUCAAAGCUCACUCUGACAUUUAAAAAGGAAAGUCUCAUAACCUUUCCAGUGGGCAUAGUCAGGGGACAGGAUUUCUUCUAAUUAACCAACAUGGUCAAAGUCAAGAUCUCUCUUCACUGAAGCCCUGGGUCUUUUAACAA